CCGAGAAGUGCACUCAGUGCUUGGUUUCCCGCGAAAAGCGCAACAACGCCGUCAACGAUCUUCCCGAUGACAUGGAAUGGUUGAAGGCCAAGGUCCGUGAACUUUCCGAGCACACUGGACUUCCCGUCGAGGCGGAGGGCACACCAGUCAAGGACGAGGGAUCCAACACCAAGACCGACGAAGAAGCCUAA